AUGUCGAAUAGCAACUCCUCGUACUCCUAUUCUUCCUCCUCAUACACCAGCUUCUCCUCUUCCUCGUCUUCAAACGGAGGCCGGCCCUUUGCGCAGAGUUUCACCUCCGAGUCCCAUGGCAACAAUCGCGACGGAACUCAGACUCGGCGCACAUAUCAGGAAACCGGACAGCCCAUGGUUGAGGAGCGAAGUUACACAGACGCCAGCGGCCGAAGAAUCGAAGGGCCUGGUGGGACCCAAGGAGCCAGACAGGGCCAGCUUGAAGGGCGAAUCGAGGAUGUGACAGACAAGGAGGAGGGAAGGGGCGUGAAGGGGGAAGUCGAAGAGCCCGAUCUCAGCCAGGCCGAGAAGGACAAGUUGUAUGAGGAGAGAAUCGAGGAUGAAUAUGCGAAGAGGGAGGGUGGUGCUUGA